ACAAUCUGUUCAAUGUUUUCCUUGCUAUCUGUUCAUUGAUUUUAUUUAUUAAAUCUUAUUUAAUGCAUAAUUUAGUGUGUUUUUCACUGUUUUUACAGUGAAUAAUUCCAUCAAAAAUGGUUCAAAAAUGGUUCAAUUAGGCUACUUAAAUUUUUUCUUUAUACUGUAGUGAAGCCCUAGGUCAUAGUUCAUACGUGUACUAAUUAUUGUACAUAAUUAUUUAAUUAUAGUGUACAUGCACUUGAUUGAGCUUUUGUGUCUCUUGAAUCCAGGGUGUGUCUGCUCUGUCCAGCAUGAAGCCUGUCGCCUCUGUCUUGCUAAUAGCUGCUGUAUUACUAUCCACUCACAUUCCAACAAGCAUAUGUAGACCACGGGAUUUAAGUCUCUUUGAUCACCAUGAUGACUACAAAAACCAGCUGGAUGAAGUAUUGCUUAGGGUGGGAAAGGGCGAGACCAUGUCCUUCCUCAGCGGCGGAAACGGUCGAGGACACGAGCUAAGAAUCGGCUCGCGCUCCCCAACUUCUCCCAGUCUGAACAGUUUGGAGGAGCUCAUCGGUUUUACUAAGAGGAAUGAUGACCCGCCCAUAUCAAUUGAUCUCACCUUUCAUCUGCUGCGCAAUAUGAUUGAAAUGGCACGGAUCGAGAAUCAGAGGGAACAGGCAGAACUGAACCGCAAAUAUCUGGACGAAGUCGGGAAGUAAAAAAGCAUUCUCGAACAGGAAAACACACUCUCAGACCUCAGUUUGCUUUCUUGAAGUUUUUGUUAAAGCAUUAUACUACUCUACUGGGAAAGAAAUAUGACUUAACUCAGUGCAAUGGGUAAACAGCCAAAACAGGGAAACACGACAGAGUGGAUAACUGAACUCCCAUCACACACAGGGCCGGAGUGGGACUCAUUUUCAGCCCUGGAGUUUCAUGCCUUAGACCGGCCCACUUUAGUUCACGACUGACUAUAUUAAAAUAAUGUAAUUAAAACAUCACGAUAUAAGUCUGCAAUAGUGCACUGUUCUCUACAGCCUUGAAAUUCAUUGUAUUUUUCAAAAAUAUCAUAAUUUCCAAUUCAGUGCAAAUACAGUAGCCUAAGUGUUGCUUCACAGUGAAGAUUUAUUUAACAACAGUAUU